AUGGCAGGCGGUCACAUGAAAUAUCGCCACCUCAGUCGGUCGUCGUCGCAUCGUCAAGCGCUCCUGCGGAACCUCGUCACAUCGCUCUUCAAGCACGAAACCAUAGCGACAACAUGGCACAAAGCGAAGGAGGCACAGCGGUUAGCGGAGAAGCUGAUUACCCUCGGCAAGAAGAACACCGAGGCGACGCGGCGGAGAGCAACACAGAUCUUCUAUGAACCAAAUGAAAUGGUACCCAAGCUAUUCGGCCCCAUAAGAGAGCGCUACGAAUCAAGACCCGGUGGCUACACUCGAGUCCUCCGCGUCGAGCCCAUGAAAGAAGACCAAGCCGAAUCCGCCAUCCUCGAACUCGUAGACGGACCACGAGACAUGCGCUUCGCCAUGACCGCAAAGACACUAGCAAGGAGACCAGCAAACUUAGGCCUGACACCAGGAAUCACAACGCACGUCAAGAAGGUCACACAAUUCCGCAAGGACGGCGUAGAUGGCUUGCGGGAUAUGGUUGAGAGGUUACGGAUACUACACUCCACAGGUCUGGACAAGAGGACAUUGCCCGCGCCUAAGAAGGUGUACCCAGAGAUUGAGAUGAAGAAGACAAUGCAUUACCCUGAGGAGGUGGAUAUGGGCAAGGCCCCGAAUAAGGUCGUUGGACCAGCAAAGCAGAAGUACAUGAUAGAAAGGAGCCGAAGGUUACAGCAAGAGAAGGAGGAGCGCACAAGGGCGCAUAAGGAGAAGAUGGAGAAGAUGAAGAAGACAAAGGCGUGA